AUGACAAACCUCCCUCAUACCACCCCAGCAGAUAUCGAGAGAGAUGCAGAGACGAUAAAGAACAUCCAAUCGACCCCCGGUUCGAAGAUACAAAAUUGGCCGAUGACACAUCCCUUGUCUUCCAAUCAUUAUUCAUCCACCUUUGAAACCACUGAACAACUGACUUCUCCCGACCACAGUUUGAGCAAGCGAGGAAUGGGCCUGAGGUAUGAUAGUGUAGCUUUGGAGAGGGAACUUAAAGAAAUAGAAAGAAUCAUGUACCAUGUUCAGCCAUAUCCCAACCAAACACCAGUGGAAUUGGAAAAUGAGUCAAGGAUACUCAGCUUGCUCCACUCCCGACUGACAGGAAUAAUCGAUACCGUCAACAAGUUGAGCCGUCCAAACAUAAUAGAAUGGUCAAAUCGAUUGGUCCGUGAUGAAAACAACUUAUUGUUGACCGCCAUCAGAUACUGCGCGCUCACAAGAUAUGAUCAUGGUGUAUGCUUAAGGGAAGAAGACUCACAGCUCCUUCUUCCAGAUGUGAAUGAGGACAUUGAUUCUACAUUCAGAAGGAACACAAGGCUUCUGACAUUGAUAUAUCUUGACACUAUAAGGCUCCGUUUGACUGACCGACUCUCAACUGAGAUCAAAAUCCAACAAGGAAGAGAAGUGCUUGUGACAGUAGAGGAGAGAAUGAGAAGCUUGUCAACAGCUAGGCCACAAGAUACACAACUUGGUGGAUAUGCUACACAGGGGGAAACAUCAUCAUCAUCUGUCUCUGUGAAGAAGAAGGACGAGGAACAAUCUCCCUUGGUGGCACUGCUCACAGUGGAACGGGAGUUGCAAAAUCUGUAUCAUGAUCUAGUGAGGUAUCUUGAUAACAUCCAGGCUGAGAAAACUUACUCAUAUAGCGUGCAACACUUGGAAGCUACCAUUUACAACUCACGUAUCCCGGAAGCAUUCUGGAAUACUAUGGGGGAUGUGCGGAACUUUCCUGAUGGCUAUGAGCUCUCACUCAACAAUCUCAUUUGCCUUGAGAAGUGCAAACAGGGUUUAGAUGAAGCUGUCACAGCCGUCGAACAACUACUUUCCAACAGACCGACGGUCGACGAACCUCGGCUAACUUGA